GGAGGAGCGGCUGGGAGGUUUACCUGGAGCUCGGAGUGUUUCUUGCGGACAGUAGGAGACGUGGACAAGACGCAACUUUUUAACCCAAAUAAACAUUACUGAUGUACUCCGAGGAACCGUGUCUGUUUGAAGUUAAUAACAUGAACUAGAACAAAAUGGCUGUUAGGACGCACUCUCCUCGUCAUGUCCGCAGCAGGUCAGAAGGAACAUUGAUUGACCUGGAUGAAAACCCAUCAACAAAUUAUGUAUUUUUAAAAGAUAACAGCAGCUGUCGAGAAAUUUCACGUGGGCAAGAGACAGAUUUACUAAAAGACUGGAAUGAAUUGUUAUUUGAUCCUCCUAGCCAUGUGGUUUCUCAGAACACAAAUCCAUUUUGGAAUGGUUUGUCAGGAUCAAACCCAUUUUUAGAUGAGAUUAGCAAAAAGAGUGACGAGCUAUCAAACCCAGCAACUGUGUUAAAGGAGGACCCGCUGCUGCUGUUUGAAAACCCAAGAGUUGCAGAAUCUGUUGCCUCUUCAACUGAUGAUUUGGAUAUUGAUCAUCUAAUCUAUAUUGGAAAACCGUUUGCAAAGCAACAUGGAAGGUGGAAAAGUGCUUCUGAUAUUUUGGAUUUUUCAAACAAAGAAGUAGUUCCACAGAAUAAUCGCCCAGUGAGCCAAUUUAUGGUUCCAAAUUUGGAAUCAUUUCAAAAUGACAGAGAAGCCUACAAAAUGGCAUGGUUGAGCCAUAGGCAACUGACUAGAUCCUGUCUUGAUUUGGAUAUGAUAAGCCAAAACCCUGGCUGGGGGCAGACACAGGCUAUUGAAACUCACAUUGUUUGUAAGAUAGACCAUAAAGGGGGAUCACUUCAGUUGCCUGAAUCAGACAUAAGCGUCCAUAUACCUGAAGGUCAUGUUCUACCAGGUGAAAUUCAAGAAGUGGCAAUGAAUUCCUUGCUUGACCCACCUCAAGUACUAAAUAAUGAUCUUUGUACAACUAUUGGUCCAUUACUAGAGCUAAAACUGAGCAAUUUCAAUACAAAAGGUUUUAUUUCUUUGGAAAUGAAGAUGACAGCUGAAGUGAAAUCUGAUCCUAUGAGUCAAGUUAUGACUGAAAUUGUGUGCCUUUGCAGUGAUAGUAAAAAGGGCCCUUUUGAGAAGGUGCACAACAUAUAUACAUACAAAGAUGUUAUGCAAGUAAAGCUGAAAAAUUUGAGUCCUUGUAUGUACAUUGUGUCAGCAGUUCAAGCUAAAACCAUUCAGCCUCCUGCAUUGACAGUAUGGGACUACCUUAACAAAAUGAUUACCAUUGGAGUUUAUGGCCCCAAACAUAUUCAUCCAGUUUUUACUGCAGUUUGCAUAAUCUUUGGCCACAAUCAAGUUCCACAAAAACUUACGGAUGUUAAGAAAAAUAAUAAAAAUUUGCCACCUGUUGUUCUUCAACUUUGGGGAAAGCAUCAGUUUCAGUUAGAUCAGCCACAAGAUUUUGAAAUUUCAAUUUUUCCCACUGACUCGAAGUACGAAGUACAAGAAGCAGAUCAGAAUGAAAAAAUUAAAGGAAGCUUGCUAAAAUUAGGUAGAACCAUUCGACAGCAAUUUUCUUUGUCUAUGUGCAAAUCUGGCGAAAUUAAUUCAUUUCAACUUGGGAUUCAAGUUAUAGGAGCAUAUCAGGAUGUACUAACACACUUCAGUGUCCUGACACCCAGCCCAACACCUAAAUCAAAUGUGAAAAAGCGCUUUCAGAGAUGGAAAGAACCACUGACAGCUGCCCCUUCGUGUGAAACAUCACCAGUUAAAUAUCCUAUAUUCCGAGAGAGACCAGUAAAUAUUCUUAAAUAUGGAGUGGCAAUGAAGCCUGUGCUGAGGCAACCAAAGAUUGAAUACUUACUGGAAUAUUUCAAAGGUGACACUAUUGCACUUCUUGGGAUGGACAAAUUUAAAGUAAUUGGUCAAACAAGGAUCAAAGAAUGGUAUGUUGGUUUCUUACGAGGAAAGAUUGGCCUUGUACACUGCAAAAAUGUGAAGGUGAUUUCUAAGGAACAGGUCAUGGACUUUUCAGAUGUAACAGUUACAACCAAGAUACUGAUCAAUCAAAUGAUGAUUCCUCUGAAGAAAUUGACUUAUAUGUAUUCGUCCAUCCGUACACUCAUCACUGAGAAUAUUUCUAGUUGGAAGGCAUUUGCUGAAGUGCUUGGAUACACUGAUCUCUCACUGGAUGAAAUUUGCAGAAGACCUGUUGAAAGUGAAUCAGAACGAGUUGCAUGUACAUUAGAGAAGCUGAAAGAAGACUGCCACACUGGUGACAAUCGGAUGAAAAAAAAGUUUCUUUAUGAAGUUGUUUUGGGACUCUUAAAACUUGAUUGCCAAGGAACAGUGGCUCGUCUUGUUCAAGAUGUUGUUAUGCUCUCAACAGCUGUGGAACUUGGUGCCCGUUGGAGAGAGCUGGGGGAUAAACUAUCCAAACUCUCAAAGCAUCAAAUGGAUGCAUAUGAAGCACCUCACAGAACUAAAAGUGGUGAAAUUAAUCAAGAGACCAUGUGGAAGCCAGCAUAUGAUUUUCUUUAUACAUGGAGCAUCAAGUUCGGAGAUGGUUACCGGGAUGUACUGCAAGAAUUGCAAAAUGCACUGGAUAAAAUGAAAAAUCCAAUUACAAGACAUUGGAGACAUCUAACAGGGGCACUUAUUUUGGUGAACUGUAUGGAAAUACUAAGAGCUGCUGCAUUCUCCAAGCAUGAUGAUGAGUAACUUGUUUUAUAAAAGACUCAUUAAGAAACCUAAAUACCAAAACGAUUCUUAACUGGUUGAUGAAUGGAAAGGGGGAAAUGGAAGCAGAUGUGUUCUCCAAGAAUACAAUUACAUUUGUGAUAAAUACUAUGAAAUGAAACAAGAUGAGCUAUAGGAAACUUUUAUACCUCAGGUGACUUAAAAAUGGAUUAUGGUGAUUUGAAAAAUUGUCAGCAGCUUUUUAAGAUUCUAUUUUUCUCAAAUGUUUCCAACUUAACACUCACUAAAGUAGCUCUGAUUAAGGAAGUGAUCGAUGUAUUUUGGGAAAUACUGGGGUAGAUGGCUAACUGUUGCAUUUUUUGAAAUGUUACUUUGCUUUCAGAUGUGCUGCUUAGCGUCUGAAUUUCACUUCAAGAAGUGAUAAUAGCAUUCAGAUUAAGUUCUACCCCUGUCCCAAAUUGUUUGAAGUAAUGAAAAUAGAAGAUCUCAUUUAUCUUCAUGAUCAGCAGUAGUUUAGUGAGAACUCUAGAUUUGGGUACAAUGUGCAUCAUGUACAGGAUUUAUUCUAAGAGAGCUGGGGACUCCACCACCCACCCCUCAAUUUUGAUUUUUGGCACUUUAUUGAGUGCAUUUACUAAUAUGUUGGAGCAUAUAUGUAUGUAAACACUUUGAUACGUGUAGAUUUAUGUAAGAGAACUAUACCUCACCAAGCUCAAACCAAACUAAAAUAAAUCAUUAGGGCCAUGUAUUUAAUAAGAGAAUGCACUGAUUCUUUUGACCGACCAUACUAUUUUUUUUUGUGUGUUAUUCUUGUCUGUUAUUUUAAUGCAGGCUUUAAGACAAUGUCUUACCACUUCCAUUAAAAUAAUGGUAAAGGAAUGUCAUAUAAACACAUUAAGCACUGUUUAAUAACUGCCAAUCUCUAGGCUUUAUUUUCAAUAUGCAUCACUGGUAAUAUAAAAUGCAUAGUAUAAAAAAUGGUUUCACAUUGUAGGAACGAUGACCAAUGCUUACAAUCUUCAUAAGACCAAUAUCACCUUAAUCUGUGUGGUUUGCCAUCUCAGUCUUUUCAUUUGAUGUGCAUCUAUGAAUCUCACGAGGGAAAAGAUGGUACAUUCAGGUUCACAACUUGGAAUUUCCAUAGUUGAUAAGGAAUUUUCCAUUUCUAUCCUUUUCAUGCAAUUAUUCACCUUUUAUUGAGGUGCAGCACUUCAAAACUGAUGUUCAAUAUUAUAAGUAGAUUUGUGAUCAGACUUGCACACUGCUGUAUAAGUGGCAAUAUUCCAUCCUGAGAACGAGGGUCACUUUUACAAUCAUCUUCCCGCCAUGGAGCUUUACACACCAAAAGCACUUAUCAGGAAUUCACACCGUGGGAUCAGGAAAUUUUGGAAAAUCUUCCAUCCAUAAAAAUGAAUGAACUGAUGAUCCUUUGGGCAUGAAUUCCCAUAAGUGUUCCAUAUAUGCGAAGCUUUGAUCUGAGUGUGCAAAUUUUCAAGUUUGGUUCUAGGGAGUAUAGGUGAAGGAUGAUUAAGCAACAAUAUAGAGGAUCAGGUGUAAUGAAAAUAAGAUUUUUCUGUUUGUAGGUGAUGUGUUAUUUAGGAACUAGAGUAAAAAUGUUUGAUCCUCAUUCGUUGUUUAGCUUCCAAAAAUUAAGUGGUUAUUUUCAAUAUACUCUCGAUUACAUGCUGCCAAAAGCUGGUGCAUUGCCAUUAAAAAUAAAGGCUGGCAAUUAUCUAUAUACUCUCUGCUGCACCCCUUUUUAUAACUGCCAAAACUCCCAAAAUGCAGGGUUCAAUACUGAUUGCAAUUAUAAUGCAAAAACAAGUCCUCUCUGCGUUUGAGCUGUUUCCUUGCUCUGACCUCUACAGCUAUAGUUUGAAUAUGGUAUGUGUGCGGGUAGAAACUAAAUGUAAAUUUAGCAGUAAGAAACAUUAAGGAAUAUAGAGGUAUGUGGUAAACCUGGUGAAGUAGAUAGCUUUUUUUUGCAAUGGGUUACUGCUAUUUUAUUUUUCUUUCUUCCCCUCGGCUAAUGGGUUCUGCAAUAUUCCUAGGGCUGCCAGGCACUCAGCUGCAUGACCUCUGACCUUUUGUAACAAUGAGGUGUAAGAGAAUGGUUUGUUUUCUUCGCAAAUACAAUAACGUGCCAUAUACCUUUCAAACAAAUUGAAUGUUGGCAUCUGUGUCCACCAAAUUUCUUGCAGUUAAGAUGUUUUGCAGUUAACCAGUUGCUUUAUUUUCUCUUACCAUUUGUAUAGCUUUUUACUUAUUUUUUGGUUAUACUUUUGGGUAGGGUUAUUCAGAAAGACAACUGUUUUAAUCGUAGGUUUGUGUUUAAUAAAUACGAUGUGAGUUUUCUUACUAACCAUUUGAAAUAUUCCUCAUUUUUGUAAUCCAUUUCUUAUGUAACUCAGCCAUUUUGAGACCAUAAAAUACUGCAAAUUGUUUAUGCACUGUGCAAGGCAUGUGGGGCACAUCUGGAUUUUUUAAUGAAUGUAACCUUUUUUGUGCAAGCAUUGUGUAGCACAGAAUUUUGUAGAAACAUUUACAACACUAUUACUCGUAUUGUUUGUCAAUAAAAAGUUACAAAAUG